AGCGCAGGGAAGUUUGACUACAGGUCGCAGUCUGUGGUUUCGCCACGGGCGCACAGUUGCGCUGACUCAAUUCCACUUAGUCCUGGAGAGGUUUGACUUUGAAGAUUUCUGAUUAAACUACGAAAGCGGAGACCGGUUUGAGCUGAAGAAAAGGCUGUGUAUCAUUGGAUUUACAUUCUGUGCGGGGAGAAAAUACUGCUCUUUCUUUCCGUGGGCUUUCAGGAAUAACCAGCAAUAUGUCGAGAGACCCAGAGGACGUGAAUAAGCUUACUGAAAGUACAUACAAGAAUGUUGUGGAAAACUUCAACCCAGCACUGCGGAACCUGGUCAACUUGGGAAAGAGCUAUGAGAAGUCUGUGACAGCCAUGAACAUGGCUGGGAAGGCGUACUUUGACGCCGUGGCCAAGAUCGGAGAGAACGCCGCCGUCUCGCCCGUCUCCAGAGAGCUGGGUGUUGUUUUGAUGGAGAUUUCCGAGACACAAAGGAAGGUCCAGCAGGAGUUGGAGGAGACGAUGAAGAAGUUCCACAGAGAUAUCAUAGCGGAGCUGGAGAAGAAGACCGAUCUGGAUGUCAAGUACAUGACGGCCACCUUCAAAAGAUACCAGUCGGAGCACAAGAUCAAGCAGGACUCCCUGGACCGCUCGCAGUCGGACCUGAAGAAGCUCCGCAGGAAAAGCCAGGGGAAGCAUUCCUCUAAGUACGAGGUCAAGGAGAACGAGUGCGUCCGAUCCAUCUCCACGCGCCAGGUGGACAUGCAGAAGUUCAUCGCCGAGGGCUGCCGAGAGGCGCUGCUGGAGGAGAAGAGGCGCUUCUGCUUCCUGGUGGACAAGCACUGCACCUUCACCAACGAGAUGUCCAGCUUCCACGACAGGGCCAAAGAGAUGUUGACAGACAAGCUGCCCACCUGGCAAGACAAGUGCAGCGACGCCACCAAGGUGCCGGACACCGUGAUGACCAUGAUCGAGGGCCUGCAGACCCCAGUGUCCAUGACCCCAGACGCCUCCCCCCUCAUGGAGCGCUUAGCGAGGAACAAUUCGAAGGACUCGGUGGGGCCUCCACCUGCGCCUGCCCUGAAGGCCCAGAUCAGUCCGCUGGCCAACAUGUUCACCCAGGACAUUCCCAGAAGCCCCAUCUCCGUUGACCUCAACUCAGAAUGUACAGACCAGGACAGUCUCGGCAGCAGUGGCCUGUCGCGGUCGGCCUCGGUGUCCAGCGACAUGAACGUCCGCAAGCCGCGCGUGCUGACCAUCUUCCCCCACACGUCCGGCAACAACGACACGCUGCUCAGCUUCGACGACGGCGACCUCAUCACCCUGCUCAUCCAGGAGGAGAAGGACGGCUGGCUGUACGGGGAGCUGGAGAAGACCGGACAACGAGGAUGGUUUCCGUCAUCUUACUGCCGGCCCUACAGUGAGUCGGCGUUGACAAACAGGAUGGACUCCCAUGGGUAUGGAGGGGAGGAGGAGACCCCCGUGCUCCUGCCGCCGGCCGACUACACUGACCAGGGCAGCCCCAGCAAGACCUCCAGUCCCUCUCCAGACAGCAUGGGUGUACCGAAUGGAAUCCCCAAGCCUCCUUUCCUGGGUGGAGGGAACCCCUUUGCUACCGUCAAACUACGACCCACAGUCACCAACGACAGAUCAGCUCCCCACGUCUAGGCCCGCCCACCCACCAGCGAGCGCACAGUGUGUCCCCUGCCUGGUCAGGGACACCGCACCCUGACGUCCCCUCUCUCACCUCCAGCUGACCGCCUGAACACAACAGCGCCCGCCCUGUACUAACUCUGUUGCAUUCCGGUUAUACUCAUGUGCUUUUCAGAAAGACGCGCAGGGAGGGGGGAACA